ACUGUCUGUGAACAGUUUUAGGACGCUUUCUAUAGAGGAGACACCGAUGAGCAUCCGAACUUGAAACCAGCCUUUACGCACCGAGCGUCUGUGGAUGCAAGCAGGGCUGAGAGACUACUGGAAGUUGCAAUCUUGAAAAAUCCGCCGACAGCAGCCAACAUGAAUGGAUCCAACCGAAGUAUUGACCCGAGCUGCAGGGAGAAGCCUCCUCUCGCCAUCGACAUCAUCCUCAAGUUGGAUAUCUUUGGUAUCAUCCUGUACUCCGUGCUCACCUUCAUGGCAGCUGUGUCCAUGCUGCUCUUCAUUGAGGAGUGUAUCUACAUCUAUAGGAAAGUUCCGUCCAAUAAGAAGAGUGUCAUCAUCUGGGUGAAUGGGGCUGCGCCGGUGAUUGGCACCAUGUCGUGUCUGGGGAUGUGGAUUCCCAGAGCCACUAUGUUUACUGACAUGACAUCUGCCUGCUACUUCGCCAUUGUGGUGUUCAAGUUCCUGAUCAUGAUGCUGGAGGAGGUGGGCGGCGACGAGGCAUUCCUGCGGCGAGCUGCGAAACACAAACUAAAGAUCAGCACAGGACCGUGCUGCUGCUGCUGCCUCUGUCUGCCGCACGUGGAUAUCACACGGCGCACACUCUUCCUGCUCAAACUUGGCUCCUUUCAGUUUGCUCUCAUGAAAAUUGUCUUCACUGUCCUUUCCAUUGUCCUCUGGACCAACGGGACAUUUGACCUGGCUGAUCUGAGCAUUACCGGAGCUGCCAUAUGGAUCAACCCGUUUGUGGGCAUCUUGACAAUCAUUGCACUGUGGCCCGUUGCGAUCAGUUUCAUGCACCUGAGGCUUGUCUUGCGGACACUAAAGAUCAUCCCCAAGUACGCCAUGUACCAGCUGGUGCUGAUCCUGAGCCAGCUGCAGACUGCGAUCAUCAACAUCUUGGCUCUGAAUGGGACCAUUGCCUGUACACCACCUUUCUCAGCUGCAUCCAGAGGAUACAUGAUGAGUCAGCAACUUCUGAUCUUGGAGAUGUUCAUCAUCACGCUUGUGACACGUCUGCUGUAUCGUCGACAGUAUGACCCUUUACCUGUAGAAGAACACAACGACAACGAAAACACCAAGAUGGUCAUGAUUCCUGAUUCUGCAUGAGAACUGCCUUUUUGUGUGUGUGUGUGUGUGUGUGUGCGUGUGUGUGUGUGCGGGUGUGUGUGUGUGUGUGUGUGCGUGUGUGUUGUUUUUAUUUCCCUGCAAUGAUUUGAUUAAGAGACAACAGAAGUAAAUAUAUAUAUAUAUAUAUAUAUAUAUAUAUAUAUAUAUAUAUAUAUAUAUAUAUAUAUAUAUAUAGGUAGAUAUAUAUGAAUUACGUGUAAAUUAAUCUUGCGGAUGUUCAUUAAGGGUCACAGAUUUGCAAACUGUCCAGAACUAAAGUGAGACCAAGCAACUGACAGUAAUAACUCAAAUGACCAAAAAUAGAGACCAUGCAAAUUUAUGCAAGAGGCUUAUUUUUUAAAACUUUAUUUUACAGGUCCUUAUUUUCCCUAUACAUUCCAAGGAAUUGUCAUGAAAAGAAUAAUGUAGUUUGGCACUAAGUACAGGGAAAACAGAAAACAGCUCUGGUGAUAAUUUUGUGUGGAGCUGUUGAUUUAUGGAGGAAUUUCUUUGAAAUUCAAACCAUUCAACUAUCAUUAUUAUUUUAUUGUUAUUCUCCAUGCAGUGUUGUGCAAACGUUUUAGUAAAGUCAGGAUGCCUUCAAAAAUAAUGCCAUGAUUUUUUAUUUAUUUAUCAAUGAAGUUCAGUGUACAGAAAAAAGUUGAACUUAUAUUAUACCAACAAAUUGUGUACAUCUGCACACAGUUUAUCAAGGUUACUGGCAUCGUGGAGAAGUUGCCACAGUUCUUGUGCAGAUUUAGGCUGUUUGUUUCUUUCUCUUAAUGUAACCCCAGACUGACACCAUCAUGUUGAGAUCAGGGCUCUUUUGGUGCCGUACCAUCUGUUGUAGGACUCUGUGUUCACACAGUAAUCUUCAGGGAGUUCUUUUCAUUCCCUGCUGAGAAUUAUGAGUUGAAAGCCAAAUCCUGCCUUUUUACUCCUUGGACUUUCCCUCUCUGUAUCUAUUUCAUGAGAAGUAAAAGUUAGGGUGACCCACAGCUCAUGCCUGGUGGGAACAUUUUCACACAUGAAGCAGAAAGUCUUACAAUGCGCUUUUGGCUACAAAGGCAAUAUAACAUAAUCUUAAGAAAAUAAUAUAAGGUUAUUGGUAAGUUUAAAUGUCAAUAGUUAUUUUUGACUCUAGCUCUAUGUUUGGGGUCGUUACACUGCUGUAGAAUAAAUUUGGUGCUCAUCAGGUGCCCUCUUGAUGGUAUCGAAGCAUCUAAAGUGCCUAAAACCUUUGCACAGUACUGUAUGUUGCAUUUGAAGGCUUUCUGUUAGACACUUUUUUGUUUGCAUGUUCAGCUAACUUGCUGUAAACUGACUAAAAGACUGUCUAGGUUAGCUUGCAAUUAACUGGAAUAAUCAAAAGUAGAAAUUAAUUUUCCCUAUAAUUAAUACCAAAAAGACUCAGUCUCAGUUUGUUUUCAGUUUCUUUCUUGGAAAUGACUAAAAAACUAUGGGACCUUUAAAAUAAAUUGUCACUGCUUAUUUAUAUUCUUUGUCUUUUUGUGAGGUAAAACUGUAUUUGUAUCUCACAUUUGCUGUCAGUGUUGUAGCCACUGGACCUGUACUGUCACUUUUAUCCUGUACAAGCUUUUUAAAUAUCCUCAGAUGAAAUGUCAUAAACGGUAUGACUCUGA